AUGAAUGUUUUCGGCAAUUCAAGGAAAUGUAUUCCAUUUUUGUCCAUAGUCAUCAUUGAGGUAUGGUAGAGUUAGUUCCGCGGCGGGAAAAAAAAAAACAAAUCUUUCCGUAAAAUCAAGUUGGGUCCGAACUAACCAUCUAUCCGAUUUACGGUGACCAUGAAGGAUCAUAGUUUACUUGAUUCCUAAGAGCGAAGCGGUUGUUUUCAAGCCUUCAUUUGUUUUACUCAAACUUUUCACAAUCAUAGUUAGCUGAGAGCGGACAAAUCUAGCCUAGUGUUACAAAAUAAGUAAAAAAAAGGGCGGGGGGGACCAUUACACACUGCUAUAUUUAUGUUCACAAGAACAAACUGGUGUUUUGUAUUCAGAGAUCAAAAUGUUGCUUUCAAUGAGUGGUGAGGCUAACAAAGGUCGUAACUGCUGAGGUCACUGAAGGUCAAGCCCUUUUUUCAUGUAGCUCCUGUAAUCACUUCACCAGAGUUGUUUUGUUUCACUAAUAAAACAAACCGACUAAAUUAACUCCAGCACAUCCAGUUGAUUCUGUGAAUUCAUGGUUUUUCUCUUCCAUACUGAGCAGGUAAAAAAGUGCGCUUAGUUUCAUAUAUCUUCAGUACUCCAAAGGCACGUCCAGUUUAGCAGAAGAAUGCAACCACUUCUUUUUAUCCGUAGGCGAGAAUGCCUUCCUUGCAUCAGAGAAACUAACUGAAACUUUUGGUCUACGCAGCACAUCCGACUUUUUCAUUCCAAUCUUAUCUUAUCAUGGUCAUGAUGAACCGUUCGAGUUUAAGCCUGUCCUCUGUUCAGAUGUUCGUAAAGUGAUUAUGGGCAUACCCAACAGUAAAGUCCCAGCAUAUGACAAAGUGUCCGUCUCCGUCAUCAAGGACUGCUUGCCUCAUAUCCUCCCUUUUAUCGAACUACUCCUAUGUUGA